AUGGAACCAGAAAGGUCAAAAGAGAUCCUCAGUAACUUGCUAGCUAAACAAAUUGAUAUGAAUGAGCAACUACAAAAUGAAAAUGAAGAAUUAAAUACUAAUCUAAAGCGAUUGCUCAAUCUCUUAAAUUAAAAGGACAGCCAAUUGGAAGACAUUAAAGACAGAAUUAUUCAAGUUGAUUAAACAGAAACACAAUAUUAAACAACUAUCUCUAAUCAAACACAACAAAUAAAACUAAUGCAAUCUGAAAAUUAGGAAUUGGUGCUUCAAAUCCAAUCGCAAUCAGAAAUUAGGUACAAGAUGGAAUAAGAAUUGGCUAAAAUUAUUGAAUCUUUUGAGAAGAUGCAAAAAAUAAAUUAGCAAUAACAAGAAGAAAUUAAUCUAUUAUCAGAACGAAAUCAACAAUUAGAAGAAACCUAAUUGACUAAUUCCAUAUAAAUUGAACAAAGUUAAAAGUAAAUUAAAUUACUGGUGAGUUCUAAUGAAGAUUAUGAAAAAUAAACAGAUAUACUAUUAAAAUAAACUAAUGAGCUCAAAUAAAUACAGAUUAAAUUACUCUACAAUUUGGAUGCAAUAUAAAAAGAGAAGGAUGAAAUGACUACUCAAUUUGAUGAAAAACUCAUUCAAUUUAAAUCUUGUUUCUAAAGUACUGCUGAAAAUACUAAAGAUUUGUCUAAUCAAGUCAAUGAUCUUACUAAUCAAACUCAAGUUUUAUAAAAAUAAAAUUAAUCACUCAUUGAUCAAAUUGAAGACUAUUAAACUCUUUCUAUGAAAUUGGAACAAGAAAGAGAUAAAUAUCAUAAGGAAUUAGAAAUCACAGUCUAAAAUAAUACAAGACUGUAGAAUAAUAAUUCAAAUCUAGAAAAUCAAUUAAAUCAACUCUCCCAAGAUCAGGAAUCAUCUAUCAAAAAAAUGAAAUAUAUGAUAGAAUAAAUUGAUGAGUUAGAAUAAGCUAAUGAUAGUUAAUUGAAAUAAAAUAAUGAACUUAGAUAGUAAAUCAAAAAGUUAUAAUUUCAAUAAGAUUAAGUUCUUAAGGAAAAGGAAGUCAUUUAUGAAUAAUUUGAAUAAAUACAGAAAAAUGCUCAACAUGAUCAUGAAGGAAAUAGAGAUAAAUAUAUCAAAUUAGAUAGAUCAUACAAGGAAUUGCAUUGCUAAUAUGACGAAUUACAGAAUAAAUAUAAAAUCUAAAAUUAAACUUUUGACGAAUAAUAAAUACAAAUUCAACAGAAUAUCAAGGAAAUAAGCGAGCUCAAACAAAAUUUAAGGAUCAUUCAGGAAUCUGAAAGAAAACAUUCUUAUAAUUAUGAAGUCAUUAGUAAAGAGAAGUUUAUGGUCACCUAAAAAUUAGAAGAGUCCUAUUAGAUAAUUAAGGAUUUAAGAGAUUAAUGCUAAAUUCUAUAAGAAAAAUUAUAAAAAAUAGAAAUUUAUAAUAAAAAAUUGCUUAUGGAAAGUGAGCAAUAAUAAAAAUAGAUUAAAGCAUAAGAAAGUAAAAUUGAGGAACACGAAGUGCAUAUUGAAUUACUUUAAGUUUAGAUCAAUCAUAAACAAACUUAAUAAGCUGAAAUUGAUAGAUAAUAAGCAAUGAAAUAAUCAACAACAAAAAAAAGUUAAUCAGUCAACAAGGAAAAUAACAACAAUGAAUUGAUGAGAUUAAAGAAACAAAAUACAGAGUUAACCAAAGAGGCAAUUUCUUUAAAUGAAUAGAUCUUAGAGCUUAAGAAUGUCAUUAAUAAACUGAAUGAUUAACUGGCAUAACAAAAUAAAGUCAAAGCAGGAUUAGAAUCAAGAAUUCAAAGUUUAAUUAAAGUUGUUGAAGAGUUUUAAUAGAAAUAAAUUUAGAAACAAUAGGAUAGUUUAACGAAAGAGUAAUUUCAAAAUCAAGUUGAGCAAAUCAAAAAGAAUUGUUAUAUUUAGAUUUAAUAGUUAACAAGGGAGAAUGAAGAAUUAAAAAAGUUAUUAUAAACACAAGCAAAUCAAACUUUCAAUUCUACUGAGGAAGUGUCUUCAUUAUAAGAUACUGUAGCAGACUUAAAUCGAGAGAAAGUGAAUUUAAUUAGAGAGUUGAAUUAAGAACAUGAGGCAAAAGUCAAAUCUGAAGCUGAAAGAGAUAAGUUAAAAUAAUAAAUUGAAUAAUAUCAACUCGAAAUUGAAAAUUGCUAAAAUUAGUUAGAUCUCUAUGUCAAAGUACUAAAACAAAUGGAUGAAAAGUUAAAAUAACAAUGA